AUGGCUAAGCUAAGGGAGAUUAGCUCCCGUCUCCUUGAGCUUAAUGAUGAUAUCAAUGUUUUAGUUGAAAUCAGGGUUAAAUUCGGCCGAGCUACAUCUGUGAGGAAUAAUCUUAAUAUUAGGGGGAAAUUAGAGCAAAGGAAACAGUUGUGGCAAGACCUCAAAAAUCUGCAUCAGCUUGGUCCUUGGUGUCUCAUAGGAGAUUUUAAUAAUGUCCUGAAGGCACAAGAUAGGAUUAGAGGGAAAUUAGUUUUUGAAGCUGAAUAUCAUGAUCUCCAAGUUUUUAUGGAUAACAACCAGUUAUUUGAGAUGGGAAGUAAUGGUGACUACUUUACUUGGUCUAACAAGCACUUGGUGGACACUAUCUACUCUAGGAUAGAUAGGCUAAUUGCUAACCCUGACUAG